AUGUAUAUAUCUAGAGGCUUAUCCUUGGCUUUUUACACCUACCAAACACACCUCUAUUAAAUAAUGACAUUUAGCAAACAAUUUGUAGUGUAUAAAUAUGUGAACUCUAACUCCAUCAUUUGCAUCACACUCGUCACUAAUCUUCGAUUUCCGUUUCGCUAAUCUUCUUCGGGUUCCAAAAGUUAUCUCGUUUUACUACUUCGAUCGAGUCAUUAACAAUGAAGUGUUGGAUCGCUACUUUGUUACUCGUCACACUAAUUCUCGGGUCCGCUUUUCUCGAAUCAACAGAAGCAACAUAUCCAAGCUUUUGUGACUCGAAAUGUGGCGAGAGGUGCUCGAAGGCUGGACUGAAGAAGAGGUGCAUCAAGUAUUGCGGUAUUUGCUGUGCCGCAUGUAACUGUGUGCCAUCUGGCACUUACGGGAACAAAUCCGAGUGCCCUUGUUAUAGGGACAAGUUGAAUUCCAAGGGCAAAUCCAAGUGCCCUUGAUUCUUGAUUUUUAUAUUUAAUUUUAUCAUUUGGGAUUUCGUUUUUUUCUCUUCCGAGUUUAUUCCUUGUAAUGUCGAUUUGUGUAUGUUUUACUUCUGUCUAUGUUAAUAAGAUGAUGUGGGAUUUGCUUAAAAA